GAGGCUACCAUGAGCUACUCACCCCUUCCACCGGUGGCUGGAGCAAACACAGUGGAAGAGCAGAGGGCUCGCUGGGAGAGAAAGCGCAGCCGCACGGCCAAGGAGCUGCUGGAAACGGAGCACAGAUACCUUGAGCAGCUGGAUUUGGUGGUAACGUUCUUUGUGACAAUUUUAAAGGCCAAAGGGACACUGAAACCUGCUGUAAUGGAAACCAUAUUUGGACCCCUGGAAUCCAUAUAUUCUGCCAGCCAAGUUUUGUCGCUUCACCUGGAGAGAGGCAAUUUAGGAGUAGGAUUGGAAAAUUUCUGUCACAAGUUGGAGCUCUAUGGUCACUAUGCUGAGAAUUUCGAACAGGCAAAUAAAACUUUGAUGGAACAAUUGAGAAAAAAUAAAUCAUUCCGACGUUUUAAGAAGCUCCAAGAAACUCGACCUCAGUUUCAAGGGAAAAAGCUAGAGGAUUUGCUUCCUUUGCCUCUGCAGAGGUUGCACCAGUACAAGCAUUUCCUCAGAGACCUGCUGGAGAACACCAGCCCAGGCAGUGCUGAAUGCCAGAAACUUGCAAGGACUGUGAAAUCUGUUUCUGAGGUAUCUCAAUGGGUUCAGGACGUUGUUCGUAAGAGAGAGAACUCACUGCAGCUACACAGGAUUCAGAAACUCCUCAAAGGACAGAAGAUCCAGGUGUUGACUCCAGGGCGCUGGUAUAUCCGGGAAGGCUGGCUUUUGGUUGUGCCCUCAAAGGGCGAAGAAUUGAAGCGCAGGAUGUUCUUCCUUUUUUCUGAUAUCUUUAUUUCAGCAAAGCCCUGCCACCCACUGCAUCUGCUGAACUCCAAUAAAUUUGCCUGCACAGCUGUCUAUCCCCUUCACCAGUGUGUAGUGGAUAAAGUAUUUGGCCACACUCAGAGUGAGGGAGGGCUGCUCAGUCUUUCCUUCCCACACAAGACACUGUUGUUGAUGUCCACUGUCCAGCAAGAUAUUAAUGACUGGCACCAGAGUCUUACAACUGCGGUCAGGCAGCUGAAAGCCUGACCCAUCUGAGUACAAGACAGCUUAGCAGGAUGACUGCCUCUCUUGAGAGAAGAUAGCAUAAAUUCAGGAAACAUUCAGGGACGUACAGUAGGAGAGCUGUGUUUAGAGGAACACUGAGCUUGUGAGAUUAGGAAUGCAUUGUCAGCUCUCUUAAACACCUGUGGCAAAAAAAGGGUAUGCACAAUCAAUUUGUAAUUAAAAAGACUUUCCCCCAACUUCCCUUAGUGUCUUCUAGCUUUUCUACCCCUUUUCUCUUGAGAUUAUUAAAUCUAAGUAAGUCCCACUAGAAGAAACCUUCACUUGCUUGCCCUCAUUAAAUACUUUUUACCCAGAUCACCACUGGCACAUUUGAGUGUCUGCCUUCUCUUACUUCUGGCUUAUAAAUUCUUUGAAUAAAAUGGAUGUUUUGGCUACCAGUAAUGUAGACAUAACACAGGCUUUUCAGCUAGUGCCAAGGGGCCACAGUGUUCCUCCCCUGACAUUGAUUUUUCAUCAUUCGUACCCUUCUGUUUUUUUACCAAAGUGUUUUGAAUAGUUUACCCUUCCUCCUCUGAGAAAGUGACAAGUAGGCAGAUAAGGGAAAACAAUGCCUACCUCUCAUCAAAUCAACAAAAAUUGAUCUGCUGAGAUAACUGAGAUGAACUGAUAGGCAACAGAGUCACACUUAUGAAACAUGGCUCGCAUUUCUGAUCUGAGUCCGAAGAAAUGAUACAGUUGAAACAGCAGUGAAAAAACUGGUUAGUAAUUCUGCUCUUGAAGCAUGGUGGGAAUCUGCGGAGGGAUAGAAGGAGCAUUCUGGGGCAUUAGAUUGCAGAGGUUGUGCUACAGUUCAGUUUGCUGGAGCACAAGACCAAUUUAUGGCUGCAGUAGGCUAUUCUUGAAUUAAAGCCUCAACAUUAACUUUUAAUAUGGGGAAGCUACACAGCAACAACAGUUGGUUCAUUUCUUCAGUUAUGGAGAAAAUACCUGUAGAUUACGUUAGGCCAUCUAGUGCAAGGCAUGCAAUUUCUUAUUUCUAAUGACCUUAGAAUUGCACACCCUGCAGGUGAUGACCUAACCUAACCCUACCUUCAAAAAGAUUAAGGUCUCUGUAACAUUCACUCUUCCUUUCCUUACACGAUAUCUCACACAUUUUAAAUUUCUCAUUGGAUUUCAUUAAAACAGAAGUGAGUCUGUGGGAGAAAGCAUGACUGAAUUGUAAGCUCUUUCAUGUGAGUUAACACGUUUCAGCUAACACUUCACUAUCUAAGAUUACUGAGUAGUCUUAGCUUGUAGACACUUAGAGGGAGAAAGGAACACAAUGUCUCUAUAUCUCUUCCCCAGCUCAGAAGCUACGGCUAGGACUGAACAAAUCAGGGGCAAAGCUAGCAAUUCCAAGUUUCGUACCUCUGAGUUGUUACAUUAUUGCCUGUAAGAGUUCUGCCACUAUCCCUUUGUUUUAAGAGCACAAUAAAGAGGUUUCCUACAACUCUA